AUGGCGGACCACCAGGGCGAGGAGCACGAGGGAGUGGCGGAUAGAAGGGGCGGGCUGGCGCACGGCUCGAAAGAGAAGAAACCGCGGCGCAAGGUGCAGUGGGACGAGGGCAAUCUGACGUACAACGAGGAGCACAAGAGCGCCACCAUGACCAUCGACGAGCCCAAGACGCCCUUCCACCAGCUCUCCCUCGACCCUGACGAAGCGGCUGCUCUCUCCCCUGUGCUGCCGCCCGUACCCGACCCCGCUCACAGCAUUGCUGCCCAGGCUGACGUCAUCCAGGCCAAGCUGGCAGAGGUUGCUGCUACGUCAGCUGCUGAGGGUGCAUGUGACAGGGCGGAUUUCGAACGCUGGAUGCAGGAGCGUGGCCAAACACUUGACCCUAGCACUUUCCGUGCUAAUGCUGGCGGGGAGGGCGGUGGCGAGGGGGGCGGUACAGAUGAUGACUUUGAGGAGCACAGGAGGCGGCACUAUGACGAGUUCAAGCGGGUCAAGGAGCUCCUGGCUAAGGGGGCUCUUGACGACGACGAGGAGGAAGAAGAGGGGAAGGGUGAAGGGGAGGAGGGGGAAGAGGGCAAAGCACAGACGUCGUGA